ACCACCGCCUCGCUCGUCUGUCGCCGACGUUGAACGCCCGCGACACAAUCACCACACACCGCUGCCCGAGACAGACGCUCAAUACACUCCACCGGCGACACCUCGUGGUGGAGCUCCCUUCGACACACCCUCAUCGCCAUCACUAACCAACUGGAACGACAUCGCCGAUUCUGAAGACCGCGACUUGCUGGGUGAUACAGAGCUUGACCUGGACGUCCGUGAAGACACUUCCCAGCAGUCCAUCAAGGACGAGCACCUGCCCCACAUAGACCCCUUCCCCGACCUCCAGUACGACAUGGCCGCCUCUCCCAGCGCCAAGCGCACCAUAGACACGUCCGCCACGACCGAAAUGGCUAUCUUCACGCACAACGUCGAGAGUCGGCUCAACAACUUCUGGCCUGAACUGCUGAAGCUCCAUGAAGCCCGACUCGCUGCGGAUGAGGCUUCCAAGAAACACGACGACACCCACACCCAUGUAGACGAGAUGCAAGCCAAGCUUGCUGACGUCCGCGCAAAUAGAGCCAAUUACCUCCACACCAUCGCGUCUGGAGCAGCCAUGCUCCAGUCGAAUCUCAAUGCCAUAGCUGCAGAUGAAGUCGAGUUGAGAGAAGCUGCUGAGCACAAGCACAAUCUGUUGAUUGAUGCCUUGGAGAAAGGCGAAACACGCCUGGCCGAGGAAGAAAUGCGACUCACCCAAGACCUCGCCACCAUUGCCGACGCGCGACACGCAUCGACCGAGUCGUCGACAAAGCAGGAGCAGGCCAAGGCUCGCGUGGUGCAGCUGGAGAAGGAAGCUCUGCAGGAGUUGGAACUUCUGACCAAUAAGCUGCACGACAUGAUCACCCACACGGCCCUCUAUGUCGUUGAGGGUGACAAUCACCGACCUCUCAAGGUGCCCAGAACCAACUCUCGCCUCCGCCGUGCCGAUCGCUCAGACUCAUCUCCGCGCUGAAUGGCAGUCCGGCUGGAUUUCCGGUGGCUGACACGAUUUACAAUUCACGAUCACGAUUUGACGAUUUGUACUGCCAUGGUUCUCGCUUUUUCAAAACUUGACGUCGCAUCGCAUGCUCCCCGUUGAAGGUGGAACUUGCGAGGAGAGCGGGUCGUGCUCUCCCUCGUUGCUUCCACACUGUUCGUCGUG